AUGGCGAUGAUGAUGACUGGCCGUGUGCUGCUGGUGUGUGCCCUCUGCGUGCUGUGGUGCGGUGCCGGCGGUAGUUGUAACGAGGAGAAGGCAGAUGAAUUCUGUAAUAACACGUACUUUGGGGUUUUGACUUUACUUGCGAAUAAGUCUGAUGAAGAGCUUAAGGAGAAAUACUGCAAAAACGAGGAUGAUAAAGCAAAGUGUGUGAAUACGUUGAAGAACAAUAUUGCAGAUGCGCUGGAGAAUGAAAAGAAGAACAAAGACAACGGAGCUGACAGAGAGCCUAACGUUGCACAUGGUGCAGGAGUGUCAGUUGGCAGCUCAAAAACGAAAUCUUCAACGGCUGCUGGCGCGGAUAAUGCUGGAAUGUCUUCUCCACUUCCUCUUUCCUUAAAGGUGGAAGGUGAUGUCGAUGACAAAGUCCACAGCCCAGCAGGUGGUGCUGGCCCCCAGCCGCAUUUCGAUGACGGCCGCAGAGAAACAGAGCGAAGUCAUCACUCAGAGGCGGAGGGAUCGAAUCAACACGGCGUGGGCGUGCAAGGCAAAAAGAUCCACAACAAAGACGAAGAAAAACCACAAGCAGGACUGAAGUCGACCGAAGCACGGGAGGGCACGGACGGAGCACCAGCACCAUCACAGGAUCCACCAAAUACGGCUGAAUCACACGAGGAUAAAUCCCGGAGAGUGGCUGCACCCGACACAACUCCCGCACUGAAUACAUCACCAGGCAGCAACCGGGAGCAAACAUCCCAGUCUCCAUCUCCCAGUGGCAGUGAAACCUCCGGCAGCUCGGAUAACGAGGUCCCAGAAAAAAACUCCAUCAAUACACAAAUGUCUGGUGCCCCACUGAAAGAUGAAGAACAGCACCGUGAGAGUACAGCUGGUAAUAAAGACUCAACAACAGUUGAAUCUGCCGCUGUGCAAAGUAACACAACGACACCUGGCGACAAUGACAGCAGCACCGCGGUCACCCACACCACCUCCCCUCCUUUGCUUCUUCUUCUUGUUGCGUGUGCGGCUGCUGCUGCGGUGGUGGCCGCGUGA